AUGUUUGCUGCUGCUACAAAGAACUUUGUGAAGCAGGUUGGAGAUACAGGCCGACUAAAACCUGUUCCUGGUCUGAGUGAGGCUGACAGAUAUCAACCACUCAGUCUAGUGACAAAAAGGAAGAAAUCGUUCUUUUGGAAAAAGAAGAAAUACAGCUCUACACCGUUCACUCUGAAGGACAUUCUUGUUGGAGAAAAGGAGGUUUCUGCAGGUGUCUCUUCAUAUCAGCUUCUCAAUUAUGAAGAUAAGUCAGAUGUUUCCCUGAACGGGAAACUUGGAAAUCAUAUAAUUCAUGACGUUGGGUUUAACAUUGACGGAUCAGAUUCUGUGGCAGUGAAAGCUUCAUUUGGAAUUGUGACAAAACAUGAGGUAGAGGUUCCAAUACUUCUUAGGGAGAUCAUUAACAGAAAAAUUGAUAUGGAACACUGUCUUGUUCGUCAGAUGAAAGAAGGUCGGCGAGCUGUAUUGUGUGUUGUCAUGGAAAGCAUCCGCACAACACGGCAAUGCUCACUUACUGUGCAUGCAGGCAUGAGAGGUAAAACGAUGAGGUUUCAGAUUGAUGAUGGACGAAAUCACAAAGGUUGUGACAAAGCCAUUGUCAUCCCAGCUCAUACAACAAUUGCGUUUAGUGUAUUUGAACUCUAUAUCCAUUUAGAUGGGCAUUUUGAACUCUGUGUUACAUCUGAAUCAGAAGGUGGGUUUGAAAAAGAACAAAUAACUGAGCAACUGGGAGGUUUAAUGAGCCGAUUCUCUGUGUGGAAAUUGCGACGAUGUCUGUCUGAUUUCUUUUAUGGCAAUGAAAAGGUGUUGGAUGAUGUCAGAAAUUCCACCCUUUAUUUGGAGGAUCUGAUUGCUGACUAUUAUGAAAAGGCUACAAGCAUGACUGACAUUUCCACAAACUACCUCAGAGAUAAUGUACACACACGGGUCAAUCUCCUCAAUCAUAAUAUCUCUAAAGGACCCUGUACUCUUUGUGGCAUGGGAAGCUCCCGAAGAGAGACAGUAUAUGGAUGCCUGGAGUGUUCAUUCAAUGGGCAGAAAUAUGUGAGACUGCAUGUGGUACCAUGCUUUGAUCUGUGGCACAAAAGAAUAAGAUAA